AUGAACAAGAGAUGUAAAUAUGUCACCGGGGUAGCCCGCGACAUUCCUCUGCAUGUAAGAAAAUCUGAUGAAAAACCUGGUGACCUAAAAAUAGAUAAGAAACUGCAAAUGCGUGCCACAGUUAAUCUCACACGACUGGAUAUUGAGAACGUACCACAAAUCUAUCUCAAAAAGGACAAGAAUCUACGCUUCGCCCCACUAGUCGCCAGUAGUCCCGAGGCAAGCUUCGCCGACAUAACCAGAAAUGGACCAACGAUAGCCGGGGUCUUCAACCGCAAGUUAUUAUCACCUAUUAAACCAUCCCACGCUCCAGCAAAGGAGGUCGAAGGCACAAUCAAGGUGCCCCACCAUUCGGCCAAUAGCUGGGAUGAAUGGGAUACUUGA